AGUCAUUAACUCAAACAGACUUUACACCUGUCAGGAAGAGGAAAGAGAUCAGUCGCUCUUUUUCCGACAUUUCUCUAUUAAAGGACCCAAAGAUGACUGAAUCUGACGAUAACGAGAUUUCUUUCACAGUGAAAUUCCUGGGUCGCGUUGAAGUACACCGUCCACAAGGAAUGCAGACUCUGAACGAGAGUGCGGGGGUCUUGCUGAAUCCUGACAAGAAUGACACAGAAACGGCAAAGAAGAGGAAAGCUUACCUUUUCUUGUCACAGAAGGGGAUUGACAUCCUUGAGCACAAAACUAAGUUUUUGAUACACACAUGCACUCUGGACGCAGUCUCUUUCUGUGCAGUCCACCAGACCAUGCCCAAACUGUUUGGAUUUGUAGCCAAACAUCUAACCUCAGACAAGUACCACUGCUACAUGUUCCAGUGCAAGAAGUUUUCACACCUGGUGGUCUCUCUCAUUGGUGACAUGUUCAAAGCCUCUGAACAACGCGUAGCUGUUAGGGGCAGUCGUGACCUGGUGGUAGAGGCCCUUCAACUCAGGAUCCGAGCACUUCAGAGAGAGAAUGAAGCUCUGCAGAGAAGACUUCAAAACGUGGGAGACGAAAGAUCUGAGGGAACCAGGAAUGCAGAUGGCAGUGACACUGAGUCCUCCUCCCAUUCCCAGUCAGACCUAUCAACAUCUCAAGUGAGAUUUCAUUCAGAUGGAGACAGGGUUCCUCUGAUUAGGAACAAUUGAGAGAGAUGUCCUCAAAACCACAACAAUGAAAACAAGAAUGCUCUAAAGAGAAUCGCCAUGGAAAACACCAUGCUACUGUGAUUUAUGGUAAUAAAAUAUUGGUGACUGGAAAUUACGUGUUUUGUUUUGUUUUAGUUAUCUCCUACCUUGAAGUGCUACUCCAGAAAUGUAAAUAAAAAUAAUUGUUGAAA